UUUCCCACCUUGCUCCCUAGAGCUCCUCAUGGGAGGGGGCACAUCUUGAUCGGAGACGAGGGCGGGUUUGCAGACUUUUUGGGGUGGGUGCACAUUGACCUUUUCAAGAUCCUAAUAAAAAUUUGAUUAAUCAGCCUGGAGUUCCUUGUUCCAGCUGACAUACUGUCUUUUAUCUCCCUCCAGUCCCAUAUUUCCAAGGACAUUUAAGUAGGGGGCCCUGGGAAGCUUCUCUGGGCCCUUAUGUGGAACUAGACCUGUUGGCCCUGGUUGGAUCAUGGCUACAGUCCUGGACCCUCAGGUGGACGUGGAAGUUGAGGAGUGUCUCAUAAUGAAAGUGGAAAAGGACUCCGAGUGGGCAUCGGAGCCCAUUCUGGAACGAUCAGACAGCACUGAAUGUGAGUCCUUUCGUAAAUGCUUCAGGCAGUUCUGUUAUGCGGAUGUGACGGGACCCCAAGAAGCUUUCAGUCAACUCUGGGAACUCUGCUGCCGGUGGUUGAAGCCAGAAACGCGUUCCAAGGAGCAGAUCCUCGAGCAGCUGGUAAUUGAACAGUUUCUCACCAUUCUGCCUGAGAAGAUUCAGGCUUGGGCACAGAAGCAGUGUCCAGAAAGUGGAGAGGAGGCUGUGGCCCUCGUGGUUCAUUUGGAGAAAGAGACCAGAAGAUUGAAAAAGCAGGUCAGUAGUUCCUUACACUCAAAGAAGCAAGCCUCACCUGGAACUGUGUGGGAAGUAGCUGACUUUGAGCCAGAGCAACUGGAGACCCAGCACAAGGUUGUUUCUCAGGAAGAAGCUGGAAGCCUCCUCUCAGGAUACCACGGACAACUGAACCAAAAACGAGAGCAUAGGCCACUACCUAAGAAUGCUCAUUCUUCUCUCUGGGUUCCUGUCCCUAGUGAUGAGUGGAACUCUGUAGAUCAGGAAGUAACAACCCAGUCACUGGUGUUAGUGUCGUUACAGGAACCAGUGAAGGAUGUCCACACAGUGAGAAGCUUUUCCUACAAAAAGAGUGUGCAUUCGAUUCCUGCUCACAGAGAUCUCUACCACGAAAUCAGGGAGGAAAGUGCAGAGAGCAUGGUUUCCCUGGGAGGCACUGUGUCUACAUCUAACAAGAUAGCCCAGUUGGAACAAAGAAAAGAGCCAUGGACUGUAGGUCUACAUUCCUCAAAUAAGAGGAAUAGUGUCCCGAGAAGCAACUGCAUCAAAGAGAAAUCAGUGAGUGCUGUUCAGAUCCCAGCAAGGAAUUCAGGGAAAGUGUGGCGAGAGCAGCAACAGUGGGGUUUAGAAGAUGAAAAAAUUGCAGGUGUGCACUGGAGCUAUGAGGAAACCAAGACUUUUCUUGCAAUUCUCAAGGAAUCUCGCUUUUAUGAAACACUCCAGGCUUGUCCCCGAAAUAGCCAGGUAUAUGGUGCUGUGGCUGAAUGGUUGCGAGAAUGUGGCUUCCUCCGAACACCAGAGCAGUGCCGGACCAAGUUCAAAAGUCUUCAGAAAAGUUAUAGAAAAGUGAGAAAUGGCCACAUGCUAGAACCCUGUGCCUUCUUUGAGGACAUGGAUGCCUUGUUAAACCCUACAGCCCAUACUUCAUCUACUGAUAAGCCAAAGGCUGUGAUCUCUCUCCCCAGACUAAAGAGACUUGGUAUUAGUGCUAAAGAACAGGUCAGUUUGGUGGAAGAGGAGGAUGAAGGUGCUGAAGACUCGGAUGGUGAUGAAAUGGGCAUUGAGUUUAUACGCAAGUCUGAAGUGCAUACUGCCCCUGUUUUGUUUCAAAACCUAAGUGGUGUGCAUUGGGGCUAUGAAGAAACCAAGACCUUUCUUGAUAUCCUUCGUGAGACUCGGUUUUAUGAAGCACUUCAAGCCUGUCAUCGCAAAAGCAAAUUGUAUGGAGUCGUGGCUGAACAACUUCGAGAGUGUGGCUUUCUCCGGACACCAGAGCAAUGCCGAACCAAGUUCAAAAGCCUUCAGAAGAGUUACCGAAAAGUGAAGAAUGGCCAUGUACUGGAGUCGUGUGCAUUUUACAAGGAGAUGGAUGCUCUCAUUAACUGCCGUACAUCUGCCCAUUCUACCAACACCUCAGAAGAAAUUCCAUCACUCUCUAGGCAAGAAAGAGGACAUAUUGUGGUUGAACCCCAAGAGCCUACAAUUUGGGAACCUGAGGAGACCUCACAGGAAGCAGUGUUAGAAGAUUCUGGUACUGAGAGAAUGAGUGAUGAGGAAAUUAUAGAAGAGCCAGAAUUCCAAGAACCCACAGGCUCACCCCAAAGUCCAACUGAUUUUGAAAUUGGAAAUAGUAUUAAAGAGGACCCAACACAGGUAAUAUUUAAGGACAAAGAGCCCCAUGGGGCAUUAAUAGAAAAGUCUAAAAGCUUUGUUUCACAGAAUACCAACCCCAGUAAGUAUUAUAAAAGGGAAUGCAUCUCAGGAAGACAAUGGGAAAACCUUCAAGGAAUUAGACAGGGAAAACUGAUAUCUCAACCUAGAGAUAUGGGGAAGGCUACAGUGCAUCACAGGCCUUUCAUGGGGAGGAGACCAUACAGACUUCUCAAAUAUGGAGAAAACUUUGGAAGGAGUGCCCGUCUUAUGUGCAGGAUGGCCCACCAGAAAGAGAACCCUUACAAGUGUGGUGUCUGUGGGAAGUGCUUUGGUAGAAGCAGGAGCCUAAUCAGACACCAAAGAAUCCACACAGGGGAAAAGCCUUUCAAAUGUUUUGAUUGUGGGAAAAGCUUUAAUGACUCCUCAAAUUUUGGAGCCCACCAGAGAAUCCACACUGGAGAGAAGCCGUACAGAUGCGGAGAGUGUGGGAAAUGCUUCAGUCAGAGCUCAAGCCUUAUCAUCCAUCAGAGAACCCAUACUGGUGAGAAGCCCUAUCAAUGUGGAGAGUGUGGGAAAAGCUUCACCAACAGUUCUCACUUCAGUGCCCACCGCAGAGUCCAUACUGGAGAGAAUCCCUACAAAUGUGGGGACUGUGAGAAGAGCUUCAAUAACUGCGCAAGACUUCGAGAACACCGGCGAAUCCACACUGGAGAGAAACCCUAUACAUGUGCCCAAUGUGGCAAACAUUUCAGUAAGAGCUCUUUCCUCACCAAACAUCGAGAAGUCCACAUGAGAGAAAAGCUACUACCAUACUCUUCCCCUGGGUACUUACCAGAAAAUCUCCUAAGGGGGAAGAGUGAUGAGUUCAGGAAGGCCUUUUGACAAUGAGCUUCUUUUUCCACAUGCCCCAUUAGCCAUCUUAUCCUGCCCCCACUCUUGGAAGCAAUCUUUUCUUAGCUAUAAAUUGCAGUUCCCAAGGCAGGCCUGAGAAUAUAAAUAAGCUAGAUUUUUUUCAUCUGUUCUCACCUCAUGUUCUAACAUGCUCAGUCUGCCUCUUAUGAGUCUUGACUAUUCCAGUAAAGUGAGAUAAUAAGUUUUUUGAGUUCAGAAUAAAAUUCCUAUUAGAAUGUUGAGACCAAUGCUAUUGUCCAGCAACUAUCAAUACUCUCACAAAUGAGUAAAAGUUCUUUUCAAAUAUAUAUGGUAGCAACUUGACAA